AUGUGCCACUUUCAGGUCUCCUCACACUGCUGGUGUGUUCAAUUUUUUGACAUAGGGUGCUGGCAGAUUACGGGCCUCCCAUAGCUGCUGCCAGGCCCCUAAUCUGCCAUGGGCCCCUAUAUACCGCCUCCUCAUGCUGCUGCCAGGUCCAGAGUCUGUCAUGGGUCCCUGUACGGCCUCCCAUUGCUGCUGUCUCCAUCGCCACACUCUGUCAUGUGCCACUUUCAGGUCUCCUCACACUGCUGGUGGGUUCCAUUUUGUCAUAGGGUUGCUGUAUGGCCUCCCAUUGCUGCUGCCUCCACCGCCACACUGUGGCUCCAAACACUGGUUUUGGCCCCGUGACUGGCCAAAUGAGUGAAGUGUGCGGUGAUUCUAAGAUCGACGGCACUCACCUGCAUGUCAUACUGACUGACAGUAUUAUUUCUCUUCCCCAGCAGACUCCAAGGGCAUUUAAAUUAAAGGUACAGUGUUCUGCACUAAUAUUA